CGGAGAUAGCCGAUGUAUCACGAUUGUUUCGCUUUAAUCGCCAAUUCAAACUUCCGCCUCCGGCUUUAACACGGGUUUUUGUCAAGUUUUGGUUUUGAGGAUUUCUCCACGAAAGACAUGCAAUUCGAAGUCAAUGGUUACAGGUGCUCAGGAACAGUUUUGUACAUAAAUAUGGUACAGUAAAUGCAGCCAUUUGACAUCGACGACAGCAAUGGCUACUUACACACAUGUGUUCGCUGACGAAGAAACGAAUAAUUGGUUCAAGGCACACAUUGCCUUGACUAUCGCAAAGGACGGCUUGUCGGAUUUUAUCGAUCGAGAGAUUCGAAAUGUGCAUACAGCCGUAGGUAGAAGCUGUGGUCAUUGUUCAAUAGAAAACCUGAUUAAAUGCCCUACACCAGGCAUCUGUGAAAAUAAAUACAACUGCAAAUUUCACAAUACACCAGCAAAACAAUACAAACCUUGCCCGACUAAUGUGUGUAAUCAAGUCGUCGCGAAUAUAAAAAAACAACAUCGAUAUCUUCUUCCAUCUUGGAAGAACACCUCUGCUGAACGAUGGACGACAAAUCCUUGGGAAAUCGCUAAAUGUUUUUGCCCGCGAGAAGGUUAUUUGUAUGUUACUUCCGUAGGAGACACAGACUUUAACGGAGUCAUCAACAUUCUCUUAAACUGCAGAUACUUCGACAAUGUGUUCUCAUUCUGUAUAGCAUCUGGUGCCUCCGCUCAGCCAUGCAUUCUCACGACGUUCUUGUUUCGCGGCUGAAUGAGGAACAAGGAGCCAGUUCUGUAUUCCUUAUUCAAGCCGAAUAAGGAACUGGCAUUUUCUUACUUUAACAUCAACGGACUUGAUCCAAAGUGGACCACAUAUAAAUGAACAUCAUUAUAUAUAUACAUAGGCGCGCCAGAUAGGCAGAGAUGUCCGACACUCACCGGAUUGUACUGUCAAUGGGACUGUUCUCCAUGGUUAUUUCUUGACUUUGACGGCUCUUCUGGCCGAUUCACAGUGUCUCAUUCACGACUCAACUGCUCAAAAAGCGCUAAUAAAACUGCAACAGUUACAAAAUGACAGCCUAACAAUCAGCCACAUGGAGAUGGGAAGAAUACUAAAAGAAGCACAAGAGACGCUUGAAAUGUCAAAGCAGGUUGCUGUUAACUCGGGAAAGCAAAUAUCCCAACAACUUUUAAAGGCCUUGAUGGAAAUUCAGUCUAAAAUGUCUUACUGUCAAAAGGAAAUCGAUGAACACACACAACGAGGUAUUGACAAAAUCACUUCUGCCGAAAAAUCUGCAAUUACUCGUAUCGGUCAAGUUAUGUUGGACAGUGACAGUCAAGCCACUGAUCGCAAUAUAAAAGAGUUUUUUUAUCGUUUGAUUCAUCAUUACGAGAAGGCAUUAAGCGACGUGCCGAUUUCACCGCUUGUGCCAAGCAUCAACCGAAAUAUACGAGAGUUAUACAGUUUCCCAGCUGUAAGACAAAUUUCCAGACAUAACUCAGCGAAAACAAAAGUUGACUGCUAUGCUGGGAUUUUUUACAAAGAUGAAAAAUUAAAUGGGCGCAUAUUCAUCCAAGGGGAGCCUGGCGUUGGAAAAUCCACAUUUGCCACAAAUUUAACUUUGGACUGGUUAGGGCAGAAAUCGUCGUCACAACAUUUAAAGAGCACAGUACGAUUUGUUGACGUGCAGACGCUUAAUGUUUUCGAUUUUGUCUUUUUCGUCACACUCAGAGAUUCUAUGGAUCAGCGUGAUAUAGUACGAAUGAUCAAAGCUCAACUAAUUGACACGAUUUACACUGACGAAUAUCGCGGGGUCAUCUACAAACUUCUCCAGUACAUCAUGCGAAAAUAUAGAUGUCUCGUGGUUCUGGACGGUCUAGACGAAUGGUCAGAUCCUUACGGGCAGCUUGCAAUACCUUUGAUGGCAAGUAGCAACUUUUUAUGUACGUUGCUUAUAACAACUCGUCCAUGGAAAAUGACGGAUGAACGAAUCAUCGACUCACACAUUGACAUUCUUUUAGAAAUUGAAGGUGUCGAUAAUCCAGAUUUGCUGUGCGAAAGAAUAAUUGGUUGCCUUUUCAAUAAUAAUAAGGACAUCAAACAGAGCGAAUUUAAUAGCUAUAUAGUAAACCAUCAGCUGGUUGACUUACUCUCUUCCCCUACAAUGCUCACACUGAACCUUUGUUUGUGGGCCGACGGGCUAUAUCUCAAAGGAUCAAGAUGCGAAAUAUACAGCCAUAUACUCGAUUGUUUACUAAAAAAAAUGUCGAAAAUGCCAGCCUUUUUCGGAUACCCUCCAUUUAAGUGUUUCAGAAAAACUUUGUAUUGCUUUGCAAAUGUUGCGUUGAUAGAAGCGCUUUCCAGAGUUGCGUUUGCGCUUUUAUUCUCGUACAAACAGGAGAUUUCAUUAGUGUUUGGCAACAACGAAUUGAUGAAAUACUUGUCAAAGGAACAGAAAGAAUGUGCACUGAUAUCGGGUAUUCUAUCACAACGAAAACACAUGUCUAUCGCCAUGAUAAAAUCAAUAUAUAGUUUUGUGCAUAAAUCGAUGCAGGAGUUUUUAGCAGCGUAUUAUAUAGCAAACAACCCCCAGGUCAUUCAGGAUGUCAUAGUUGGACACAUUUUCAAAUUCGGAAAUUUGCACAUAGACAUUUCUCAAAUAUUCAGAUUUCUCUGUGGUCUUAAUAUAAAAGUAGCCGAGAAACUGUCUUUUGUAAUGAAUACAACUUGUAGUUCGCUCUCGCAUUUGGGGAGAACUACACAGAAUAUAAUACUGGCGGGCUAUAAAGAGGCAAUAUCAAACAAUUAUAGUGCUACUGACAUUCGUCUAUUUCUGUUCUAUUUUAAUUUUUAUUACAUCGAUCAUACGUACUCAAAUUACACGGAAACUGACGCUAAAGAUUUAGCACGAAUUUUAUUGGCAAACAAGUCAAACGUCAAAUUUCUGAGUUUAAACAGCAGUGUUACUGAGAUUCGAAAAUAUGAAUUACAGGAUAUCAUUACUUUAUCUGCCCAUUGUCUAGAAUGUUUAGAAUUAGAUGGGGAUUAUGGUGUGUUGGACUUGUCAGCAUGCUACAAUUUAGAAGUCAUUAUUCUGCGCGGACAUGUGUCUUUUCCAACUGACAGUUUAUAUACACUAAGAAAGCUAAAAAGACUGGCAUUACUGAAUGAAGGACAGUCGUUACCUGACGAUACUCUUCGAUUGCCGCCUUCCAUUGAGCAGUUACAUGUGCGCGAUGGUGUUUAUUCCUUACCAAUGUUAAGGCAUUUACUGAACAGCGAUCAUCACAUAUAUUGCAAUAUCGAUAUAUUUGAUGAUCACAGAUAUGAAAAUGUCGACAACCAAACAGGCAUGUUUAACGGACCUUUCCUUGAUAGGCAUAAAGUAGGAAUGUCAUAUAUGUGCGAAACGUCUGGAAUCGGUCUGAAAUGUUUCGGUUUCGGUCACGGUGUUCAUGAAGCUUUGCGAGGGUCACCAAUAAGAAGAUUGUCCAUGACAGGAAUUCCAAACGCUCGAUUACUUUCGUUUAUAUUACCAACUCUAAACUGUCUGGAGGAACUUAUCAUCAGCACUAUGGAAUUGUGCUGUGAUUUAAAAUUGCCUCCAGCAAUACGAUUAAUAAAAUUUGAUCCAAUCAUAUGUUCCUCGUCAUCGCUACGUGCCUUUGCGAUAAUGUUGUCAAAAUUUAACCACCCGAUAAAAUGUGACAUGCGUGUUUGCAAAAUGAUAGAAAAUAAGACGCCAGAGUUAAUCAUAUGCCCAGAAUGGUUUUCAUGUUCACCAGAGAAAUUUUUGAUGCAAAUCAAAGACGAGGGUACAAAGAAGUAUAAAAUAGUUGAUUAUUUCGGUAUGACAGAGGUAUUGGUCUCUGUUAUCACAGAUUGUCUUCCUGCAGGAUUAACACUUGGUAAACCUAAAAAAGGAAGUUCAGUGGUGCGGAGAUACAUGACAGAGUUUAUUAAACAAAGCUUAAAUAUGAUCGACAAUUCUAAAGAGCGGUUUGUAAGUAAUUAUCCAGUGUUGUGCAAACUGUCAAUCUGUCAUGAAAACAUUUUUCAGGAAAAUGAAACUGAAAAUGCAAAAAUAAUUGUACCUAAGUUGGAAGUUCCAAGCAACAUAUCAUCAUUAUCAAUAUGGUGUAAAAGCAACGACACUGUUGAAAUAUUCGAAGCAUUAUUUGGACUGCGGAGUAUAAAGAGUGCAACUAUUGUCGGAGUAGACAAUAUAGCGUUGUUGUCAGAAGCGUUUCCGACCUUCAUAAACUUAGAAAAGAUACGAAUAAUAACCUGCCCAUGGAUGAUUACUCCAAAUGCGCUACGACGUGUACUUAGAAAUAUCUCUAACUUUAAUCAGACUGUGCAGUUGCGAAUGCUCUUCGCUUUCGAAGCUCACAGUGAAUUAUUUUUAGAAAUUAAACUAGAAUUGAGCAUGAUGAGAAAAUUUGAUAUCAUUAGGUUCGUUACUCUAAGGGGUUGUUUUGUGGGAAAUUAUUAUAAUGCUGAGGAUAUUGAAGACGACGAUUACAAACUUAUUACUCCAGCUGUCGAUGGUAUGGGCAACCAGUUCAUAAGUUUAGAUAUAAGGUAUAACUAUGACGAAGUAGCAGAAACACAAUUGUAAACUUAAAAACUCAAAUCGAAUCAAUAAUAUACGAUACCGUUUCAUGUAUUUUCAAAUAGUGUAGUUAAAAUUUUAGUAAGCUGAAAAUGGACAAAUUUAGAAUAUAUAUGUGUGGUAUUAUUUGGGUUUUAGCUUAAUUUAAAUAUGUGAGAAGACAUUAUUUGAGUUUGUGGACACUGUUAAACUAUGAACACUGUCCUUCAAAUUUAAUUAUUUGUAACCACCAACUUGUUUAUUUCAUAGUUUGGUGAUUAUAACAAGUUUCAUGCGUUCAUGAUCUGUUGUACUUCUAGCUUCAAUAAUCUUGGUAGUUACUAACUCAUACUUCAUGCUGUUCAUAUAAAAAUAAAUCACUUGAUCAACAAUUUACAAACAAAAACUGUUCAUAAUCACCGUUAAGUCAAUUUUCGUAGUAAGUAUGCUUUUUACUAUUGCAAGUGUUUGUCAUAGAGCAUUAUAAUUAUCGUUUGUUAAAUCUUUGUUAAAAUAUUAAUGAUUCCUUUUCCUUGGUGUACCUUGUGAAUGCCUUUAAUUGACUAUAUAGUUAAACAUUAAUCUCAGACUAGUCAUUAGUAGUUGAGAAAACUUGUUUAAACAUUAAUAAAUUAAAAACGCUAACAUUAACCAAGCAAUUAGAUAGGAGUUACCUGACAAGCACAGUUUUGAUAGGUCCAACAAAUAAGGUUCCCGUGGUCAUGACAGUGCUUUUAGAUGAAUGAAAUUAAUUUACAAAAGGCAUCACGGUUGUUAUAUAUGUACACAUAUAGAUGCAUACAUGAAGACUCAUUCAAUUGUCUGCCAACUACAUUGCUUUAACAUAGAGAAUUUAUAAGAACAUUUUUUGUACGAUUAUACAUAUUGGUUCAGUCAAGUCUCGUAAAAUGCAACACUUUUGUCUACAUUCAAGCCUUUACUGAACCUGGUAAAUAACAUGAAUUAUACAACUAGGAAUCUAACUGCUGGUGCGCAUUUACUGGAUAUUUGCAUCAAGUAUAAAUGAUCCUCGUUCGGCGUAUGUAGAAAACCACCCGUUUUGUACUUGUUUGGUUUAGUUUUAAUAGAUAAUAAUCUAUUUAUAUACUUCGACCUGCGUGUCGAUGAUCGUCGGUGUUGUUUUUGAUUGAUAAUAAAAAGUAAACAUAA